CGCAAAGAUUCUCCCACCCUUAUCUCCGUUUCCUAGGAAACGUGGACUCCGCGUUCAACUCCCCGUCGCUGCCCUCUUGACGUCACGGUCCGGACAGGAGGGCGGGGCGAGUGCUACCGCCAGGGGCGGGGCGGCGCGGGCCGGCCGGGCUGUGCACCUGCACCUCUGCGGUCCGCCUGGAGCAUCAUCCCCGGCCCGCCUGGCCCCGCCAUGGCCAGGCCGCAGAGGACUCCGGCACGCAGUCCCGACAGCAUCGUCGAGGUGAAGAGCAAAUUUGAUGCCGAGUUCCGACGCUUCGCGCUGCCCCGCGCUUCGGUGAGCGGCUUCCAAGAGUUCUCUCGGUUGCUGCGUGCGGUACACCAGAUCCCGGGCCUGGACGUGCUGCUUGGCUAUACGGAUGCUCACGGCAACCUACUGCCCCUCACCAACGACGACAGCCUGCACCGGGCCCUGGCCAGUGGGCCCCCGCCGCUGCGCCUGCUAGUGCAGAAGCGGGCAGAAGCUGAUUCCAGUGGCCUGGCCUUUGCCUCCAACUCUCUGCAGCAGCGCAAGAAAGGGCUCCUACUUCGGCCAGUGGCAUCCCUGUGCACGCGGCCACCGCUGCUAAUCAGCCUGCCACAAGAUUUCCGCCAGGUUUCUUCAGUCAUAGAUGUGGACCUACUGCCUGAGACUCACCGACGGGUGCGGCUGCAUAAGCAUGGUUCCGACCGCCCCCUGGGUUUCUACAUCCGAGAUGGCACAAGUGUGCGCGUAGCUCCCCAGGGCCUGGAACGGGUUCCAGGCAUCUUCAUCUCCCGCCUGGUACGAGGGGGCCUGGCUGAGAGUACAGGGCUGCUGGCAGUCAGUGAUGAGAUCCUCGAGGUCAAUGGCAUUGAGGUAGCUGGGAAGACCUUGGACCAAGUGACAGACAUGAUGGUCGCGAACAGCCACAACCUCAUUGUCACUGUCAAGCCAGCCAAUCAGCGCAAUAAUGUGGUGCGUGGGGCAUCUGGGCGUCUGACAGGACCUCCUUCUGCUGGGCCUGGGCCUGCUGAGCCUGAUAGCGACGAUGACAGCAGUGAUCUGAUCAUUGAGAACCGCGAGCCUCCCUGUUCCAAUGGGCUGUCUCAGGGGCCUCCAUGCUGGGACCUGCGCCCAAGCCGCCUACUUCCUGAUGCCCGCAGCUCUCUGCCCUCCGUGGAUGAUCAGGAGCAGGCCAGCUCUGGCUGGGGGAGUAGCAUUCAAGGAGAUGGUAGUGGCUUCAGCCUCUGACAGGCAAAGAUGCAGCCCCUUGCCCUUCCCGGCUGCUGGGACAUGGCAGGGACUUCCCCAGUGGGUUUUUUUAGCUUGCUCAUGGGGCCCUCUCAGUCUGGGGAACAUUAAAGGUUUUCUACAAAUGCAGU